AUGACUCAAGUUUGGAGUUUAUCUCAACCAACUUGUGGUUCAUUUCCAGUGAACCUUUGGCUUGCCCUUGUAAGAGUUGUUGGAGCAUUUCCUUCAUAUCCCAAUCUUGACUUGGUUGGGUAUGAUAGUCCUUGGGUGAAGCCUUGUGGACACUGUGUUGUUGUGGCAAGGUGGGAUAGCUGGAGUAUGUCCCUUGUUGCCAUAGCAACUUAUAUCCUUGCUGAGGAUUCCUAUAGCCUCCUUGUCUAUUUUGAAUAUAGCAAACCUCAUGUUGGUCUCCUCCCCUUCCUGGUCUUUAACUAG